AUGGACUCACGAAGCCGCGGUUUCGCAUACGAUGGUGGAAAAGGUUUCAACUACGAUCCGCUGAAUGAGGACAUCUACGAGGGGCGAGAUGAUCCGAUCGAGCUUACGGAAUUGCCGAAGUCGCAGUAAGUGGCUGUGUAAUCACUCAUUGCUUUGCCUUGCGGUCUUUUGUACUACAGGAUUACUGCAGAUCAAGACGUACUGUGCUACGUCUGAUGCCUGGCGACCGAGUGCUAAUCAGCAUACUCUCAGCGCACCAAGCUAUGUCUCUACUACCAAGGAGAGCCUCCACUCGAAAGACAGUGAGACGGCAGCAUUGGCAGAACACGCCCAGACGCCUUCAGGAUUCGACCUACUGCGAGCGAGAACCUCCGUGUCCCACGUGAUUCAGAGCAUCUCAAGGACAGUCUCAGAUCAGAAUAAGAGAAGGAAACUACAUGGAUGGCGCUUCGGAGUCAGCCUCUCGGCGUGGACAGCGACUGUUGUACUGGUCUUGAACCUGCUCAUUAUAAUCGUGACGGCAGUAAGAUUUGGAUCGGACGGUGGGAUCGGUACCGCAUGUGAGGUAGGUCACCGGUCGGCUGAGAGAUCGCUACGCACUACGUCCGGCUCCCAAUGGUAUAGAGCAUCCGCGGAUGCUGACUCUUGCAGGGCUCUUGCAGCAGAGCAAACUACCUUACCACAUGGCUCCAUAUUCUCAUCAACGGACUGUCUUCCCUGCUUCUGAGCGCAAGCAAUUAUACCAUGCAAGCUCUUGUGGCACCAACUCGCGCAGAAGUUGAUCGAGCUCACUCCAGAGGAGAUUGGAUGGACAUUGGAGUCGCAUCGAUUCGAAAUCUUUUCAAGAUCAAAUGGCACCGGACCGCCCUAUGGAUGGUGCUUGCCCUGAGCAGCAUCCCAAUCCAUUUGCUUUACAACUCCGUGGUUUUCAAAAGCAUAGCUUCCAAUCUUUACAUCCCAGUCGUGGCCAACCCGGUUUGGCUAGAAGGAGGGAAUUUUUCAACGGCGGUGAACUGGACUGACGUCCCCCCGGGUUACAAAAACACCGCCGAGAUCAACAUUUUCUAUUAUUUCGACGGUAUGGACGAACUUCUGGAGGCCCAGAAGUGGUUCAAGGAAAACCAAAACGACGCAUCCUUGGUCAAAAACAUGAGCACUUCGGAAUGCAUUUCGACCUACGGCACCAACUUCGUUUCAGGAAAUAGCCAUGUUGUGGCCAUUGCGAAUGAACCUGGCAACUCGACCACGAAUGAGACGCUCUUUUACGUCGACCAGACUGGUGGAGGUCUCGACGAUGGCUCGAUUGUCAGUUAUGAAUGUAUCUGCGCCAAUGACUUCAUCUCGAACUCCAAUGAAGACUGCGAUACUAGUGCCAUUCUGAAACAGCAGGACUGGAUUGUCAACGGGAAGAAAAUAGAGUACUGCCUCAGCCGACUUACCCCUCAGCACUGUACAGUGCAGUUCUCAGUCCAAAUUCUAGCGGCCGUCAUCUGUAUGAACGCUAUGAAGAGCAUUUGCAUGUUCCUUGCGUUGUACAGACAGAAGGAGACUACACUGGUCACCAUCGGCGACGCCGUUGCAAGCUACCUAGAAAGGCCCGACGAUCUGACGGCGGGCAGGUGUCUCAUGGAGCGCAAAGAUAUCUCUUCUUGGAGGAGCCAAGACGGGACAAAAAGCCCAAACACGCAACCUCUGCCCAAAACAUACUUCGAAAGCGGCGGCAGGAGAUGGUUCGUUGCUGUAAGUGGAAAGCGAUGGAUAAUGUGCUUUAGCCUUAUUGCGGUAGCUGUUGCCGUGUCCAGCUACUUGCUCAGCGAGGGAGAAUCAAACUUGAGCGGUUACGCUGCGUCGCCAUGGAGCAUUGGCUGGGGCGCCGUCGAUUCUCGUGCCAUUAUCGGCGCUGGCUUUCCGUCGGGGGGUAGCUCUGGCCUCAUGACAUCGGUUCUUCUAGCAAACUGCCCUCAGGCGAUCGUCUCCUUCCUGUAUCUGCUCUACAACGGCUUGAUGACUGCUCUCCUUCUGGCACAGGAAGGGUGCAACUAUGCUUUCCAUCGCAAAGCGCUCAGAGUCACUGCUCCCCAGGCAUCACAGCGUAGUACCUACUACCUGCAGCUUCCUCUCCGAUACAGCGCCCCGUUACUGGUCAUCUCAUCGACGCUGCACUGGGUCAUCUCGCAGAGCAUCUUCUUGGUCCGGGUCGACGUUUACGACGAUGGCGAACCAGUGCCCUCUCAAAAUGUCUCUGCGGUCGGGUAUAGCUGUCCUCCCAUCUUGACUGCCAUCAUGAUCGGCGUCUUGUUGAGCUUCGUGGCGAUUGCGAUGGGUUUUCGAAAGUUCAAAAGUCAAAUGCCCGUGGCGGGCUCUUGCUCAGUGGCGAUCGCUGCGGCUUGCCAUCGACCCAAGGAUGAUGCCGAUGCCGCUUACUUGCCGGUGCAAUGGGGAGAAGUGGAAGCAGAGACGGUCGAUGAGACGGGACAUUGCUGCUUCACGACGCAUCCCGUCAAGACUCUGGCUGCUGGCCGCAUGUAUGCUGGUGAGAACGGAAUGUCCGCGAGUUGUACAAGUAUCCUGCGAAGAUAG